GAAACUAGGGGCGAAGAAGAAGAACCUCUGGAAUAAUAGUAGCUAACUUGUUGUUCCAUCACUGAUGCCUUCUUGUUUCUGCUUUAUUUAACAUGCAGGUUGGCAUUUAACAUAAAAAAUGUUAAUUUGACUUCAAGGAGUCGUCGGUGUACUACGUUUUAGGAGCAAUUUAAGAGGAUAUGUUAAGCAUGGAUUCGUUACAAGUAGCUGAGGAGGAAGUGGUUGAUUCCAGCUCCAACAAACUCUUUGACAUUUACACAUUUGUGACCAAAGGCUCUUUUCCUCAAACGACGAAUCCUUUACGGAAGAAGAAUCUCAAGAGAUAUGCCCGGAAGUUUAUCAUUGAUGAGGGCAAGCUAUACUACGUGGGAUCAAAGAAUGACAUUAAGAGGGAGGUGGUGAUAGAGGCUGAGAGGAAGAGAAAGAUUUUUCUUGACUGCCACUUUAAUGAAAUUGGACAUCACUUGGGCCAGAAGAAGACUGUCAACAGGAUCCAGAGCAAAUACUACUGGUUGGGGAUCAUUAAAGAUGUGGUAGACUGGAUUAAAGUGUGUGAAAAAUGUCAACACACAAAGCAAACUAAAACCUUGACAAGGACCAUCCGGCCUAUAAAAGUGGAUGCACCGUGGGACAUUGUUGGGAUUGAUUUUAUAGGGCCUUUUCCAGGUACCCACCAAGGAAACACCAAUGUUAUAGUCCUCAUUGAUUACUUUAGUAAAUGGCCAGAAGCUUUUCCCGUUCAGAAGGUGGAUGUUCUCUCAGUUGCAAGAUGUAUUUCCACAUGCACAUACAGGUUUGGAGCCCCUAAAACAAUUGUGUGUAUGCAGAGUGCUGAUUUCUGUGAUGAGGUAACAAAGCUGCUGUUUGACAAGUGGAGCAUUGUGCAGAAGGUUUCUCCUGUGCAUCAACCUCAGCUAAACCCUCUCCAUGACUGCACUAGUCCUUUGUUGAAGGAAGCCAUUGUGGGAAUGGUUUCAGAGAAACAGACUGAAUGGGACGACUUCCUAGAUCAUGUGCUGUUUCUGUUUAGGACGUCCACUAAUCCUACAACCAAGUUCACUCCUUACUCCCUCAUGUUCAACAGGACAGAUAACUUAACAAAUGAGACCAGAUUAAGCAUGCCAAAUCCUGAGGACCAGCAGAAGAACAAGUCUUCCACAAAGGACAAGACCUCGACGUAUAUGCCAUUAAUUCAGGAGCAGAAGAAUUCUGUGAAGCAGCUGGUUAUAGCUAAUAUGAAUGCAUCUUAUAAGCAAGAGAAGAAGAGAAACGCCAAACGCAGGACACACAACAUCCCUACAAUGAACUUUGAAAUUAAUGAUCCUCUGUUUUGUGUCAACUGAGGAGGAUCGAAGUCAAAGACAGAAGAUGGGAAUCCAGAUAUUGUUCAAGUGGUAACAACUGAAAACUGUUGGUUGGUGCAAGGUUGAUUUAAAAAAACUGAAUCAUCUGUCAAAAGAAAUGGCAGCCAACAAGAACCUAAAUAAAUGACUUUUUUUUUUA